UUCCUUUUCACGCCUCUUACCAUCCUGAUCCUUCAUUUUUAAAUUCUUUCCUGUCAAAACACCCUCUGCUCUCUUCUCUUCUACUCCUGCUUCUUACAUAGGAUGAUCUGAUCUUCUCCCACUUCCCCCAACAAUCUCCUGCUGACGCCCCCGAUCAUCGCUCCACUCCACCAUGAUCAGUGCCACUAAGCGCUGGUUCCAGCGCAAUCGCAAGGGCCUUGCAAUCGGAGCCGGCGUUAUCGGCGCGGGCUAUCUUGCCGGUCAAUAUGUACUGGGCAAGAUCUCGGAAGCAAGCGAGCGUAUGGGAAGUGAUCGUAUUGCUCGAGAGAAUCUACGGAGACGCUUCGAACAGAACCAAACCGACUGUACCUACACUAUCCUAGCACUCUUACCCACUGCAGCGGAGGAUAUACUGGAGGCAUUGCCGGUCGAGGAGUUGACGAAAGAGCUACAAAAGAAGCGCGCGGAGCGGUUAGCUCGCCUCGGCACGGCGGAGGGAACAAGCUCUGAUCUAAGCUCAAUCUCGCCGAGUAUCACAGACGAUGAUCGCCGAAGCCUCUCCAGCUUCCAGAGCGAUGGCUUUGUCCGCGCAAGUCAGCUAGGAGAAUCCACACUUGAGGUUGCCGCACCCUCGCCGUCGCCAAAGCGCAACAAGACUCAGUUGUGGAAUGAGGUUAAGAUCACCUCUAUCACUAGGUCCUUUACGCUGAUCUACACCCUAUCCUUACUGACUAUCUUCACUCGUAUUCAACUUAACCUUCUGGGUCGUCGAAAUUACCUGUCUAGCGUGAUUUCUAUGGCCACACCCCCAGCGGAUGCAUCGACUAUCAGACUUGAAGAUCAUGAUGAUGAUGACCUUACACAGACUCUGGGUAAUGACUUCGAAACCAACCGGCGCUAUCUGGCCUUCAGUUGGUGGCUUCUUCACCGUGGCUGGAAGCAAUUGAUGGAGGAGGUGCAAUCAGCUGUGACGGAAGUAUUCGGGUCGUGCAACCCCAGAGAGGAUAUUUCGCGCGGCAAGCUGGCAGAAUUGACCCUGCAAGUCCGAAGGAAAGUGGAGGGGGAUACCGAGGAAGACAGAAAAGAGGAGGAGGAUCAUCUACUGGAAGAGUCUGGUGUUCUAGGAGUGACGGAACCCUCGACCCCUCAAACCACUGCGACACUACGGCACCUGUUGGACGAGACAGCUGACCUCAUUGACUCUCCGACAUUUACCCGCGUUGUCUUGCUUCUCAACAACGAGUGCUUCGAAACCUUGAUCCAGCAAUGCGCAGCCGAAGCUUUUAAAGCAUCGCACACGCCUGCCCCUCAGUCAUUCACUUCCGUUGCUACGGUCGUCCCUGGGGCAGUCAGCUCAGAACCGAAGACUAAGCUGGCAAAUGUGCUGGCCGUAUUGGCUCGACAAGCCCAUGUGAUCGGCAACGGCACUGUGCCUCCCAACUUGUACCUUAAUGCCAUGGAACAAGGAGUUCGGGAGCUGGAAGCUUUUGCGGCCGUCAUCCAGACGUCCGCCGCGGGCCUGCCCCCGCUGACUUCCACGACCGAGCGCAAAUUGAUGGCCAAGAUUGACUGGCACGUCGUCCCAUGCCUGUGCAUAAUGUAUUUGCUGGCUUUCUUGGAUCGGGUGAACAUCAGUAACGCUGCGGUGCUCGGACUGCAGAAGGAUCUCAACAUUGUCACCGGUACCAAGUACAACACUGCAUUGACCAUCUUCUUCGUGCCAUAUGUGCUCUUCGAGAUCCCGUCCAACCUGCUACUCAAGAAGCUGAAGCCACAUGUGUGGUUGUCCCUGUGCAUGUUCGGUUUCGGCCUCGUCAUGAUUUGUCAAGGAUUGGUGACUAGCUGGGGUGGAUUGGUAACCACGCGCUGGUUCCUGGGCUUCUAUUUGCUCGGUACGUGGUAUAAGCGAAGCGAAGCACAAAAGCGUUUCAGUUUCUUCUUCGGCUCCACCACCCUGGCGGGUGCCUUUGGUGGCCUCUUAGCUAGCGGUCUCGGAAAGAUGGCUGGCCUGCGAGGCUACGGCGGCUGGCGAUGGGUUUUCAUCAUCGAAGGCGUUCUCACGUGCGUGAUUUCCUUCGUAUGGUACUUCAUCAUUCCUGGGUUCCCAGAGGAUGUCAAAUGGAUCAAUGAUGAGGAGCGAAGGUACAUCCAGGCAAAACUGGCUCAGGAUGUGGGCAAGGCCGGACACAAUGCCCAUUUCGGUUUCCGAGACGUGCUGGAUGUGUUCAAGGACUCCAUCCAAACGCAGCUGUACUCGAUCCCACCAUGGGCGGCCGCUUUCGUCUUCUCAAUGAUCAUUGCGAUUCUAUCCGAUAAAUUCAAGCACCGGUUUGCGUUCACCUUGGUUCCUAUGUUGGUCACCAUGGCGGGAUACGGGAUCCUCUUGAAUGUCCACGGUGUAGCUCAUAGGAACGUUCAGUAUGGCGCUCUUUUCAUGGUCACCUGUGGCACCUACAGCGCAAUGCCCGUGGUUGUCUGCUGGUAUGCUAUGAACCUAGGCGGCCAUCGGCGACGCAGUGUAGGAACAGCAUGGCAGAUAGGGUUUGGGAACAUUGGUGGGUUCAUUUCGACCUAUGCCUUUCUAGCGAAAGAUGCACCUCUCUACCGCAAUGGAUACAUCAUCAGUUUGUCCUUCCAGUGCUUCUCGGCCGCCUGCUGCAUUAUCUACUUCGCAGCGAUCUGGGCUGCAAACAAGCGACGUGACCGCAUUGUGGCCAGUAACACCCCGUCGACACUGCUCGACGACGAGGAAGAAAUCAAAGGUGAUCUGGCAGUGACGUACCGAUACGCGUACUAGAAAAGAUGUUAUUAACAAGCGGGAACUGCUUGUUGCAAUCUGGGAUAGACAUCUAUCUGGUUAUUUCCACCGACAUCCACGAAGUAGACAGAUAGGGCUAGGGCUUUUCAUUGACUAUGGGUGUAGUGGAGAGCGGUGAGGCGGAGGAUAUGGUCUUGCAUGCAGCAGUAUUGACCGAGCACAGCGUGGUCCUACUGAUUAUGAACCUUGAAGCAUAAUGAAGCAUGAGU